UAUGCAUCACAUUUAUUACCUCGGAUCAAUGCUGAUACAAAUCUUCAGAUUAAAAAAGUAUGGAUCCUCAACACACGUUCGGCCUCUGGUUGAUUAUGACUAGCGGAUGUUACAUCAUCGAGGCGUCACUAUUUCACCAGCUCAACAGUAAAAACCUUAUAACUUCCCUAAAAUAAACAUGAUAAAUGACACUGGUUGGACCGACUUAUAGUUUAGGCUAUAGUUGGACUUGUUUCAUGUAAUUAUACUAUGCAUUCACUCUACUGUACCCAAUUCCAUUCGAAGAUCAACUUAUUCUAAGGGAAAUAUAAAACGUUAUUAGUUUGAUGACAUUAGAAGUCACAGCUCGUUUAAACUGUUGUUUUCAUAAACAAAUACAAUGUCUGCGGGGUGUGAAUGAUUCAACGUGGAACGACGUGAAGGCCGACGGGCUCGCCGGGGUCACGGGGGUCAGACGCUUCCUACGUUGGGUUGGCGUGUUUUUUUUGAAAGGACCGCUUGGAGCCUCGCGCAGCUCCCGACCAAUCGGAAGUGAGCAUUUUUCGCGCUGGUCGGCCGCAGAGUUUGAGUUUCCCGCAAGCUUUUGAUUCGGCUUGAAUGAAAUCCUCCGCUUUUGCAGGAUGAAUGCGGACUUAUUCCCCCUUUGACGACCGAGAGGAGACCCAACAGGUAACUACGGAGAAACGCUCGUUCAUGUUAUUGUCAUCCUCGCGGAUAUUUGCUGGCGCGAGUUUUUUUUAUGCGGUUGCAAAUACACUUGUUCGCCCCGACCGACCAUUUUAGCGAGAGACGACCUGCUAGCUAGCAAGAGAGGUCGUGCUAACGCAAGCUAGCUAGCGAGCUAGCAGCCUGUGCUAACGGCAGAUCUUUUUGACUUGGCCUCACCGAGCUUUGGCUAGCGCGGUUAGCUUUUCUUAAAACAAGCUGUCACGGCUCCUGCAAAUUCAGCGAAACAACAGCACAACCAUUUUAACACCCCAACUCCAACGCCCAAUUUAUUUAUUUUGUGUAGUUAUUUGUUCUCGCCGGGUAGCGUAUAAUAUCUGCGGUUAGCUAGCUUUUGCGUGGCGGCCCGGGCUACUUGCUGGAGUGCGGUUAAUGGCUGACUGUAUGACAGAGAGCGAAUGCACGCUGUAGGACGAUGCCGGUCGGUCGAUCCACGACAGGGAUCUGCGAGGUUCCCACGUCGUGGCUCCCGCCUCAGACAUUAGUCGGAGCCCGUUCUGAGCAGUUAUGGCCCCGUUUUUUCGACCCUCGGGCUCGAGCUGCUGUUACUCCACAGCUAACGUGGACGACAAUCACAAAGUAGCGCCCCCGUUACUCCAGAGCCGCCGGGAGGCUGAUCAGCGUCACCCUGUGACCGGCACCGCAAUGCGACCCGUUGCGCUUUUAACUCGAGUGGGACGCGUCCGGUUCCGUGAAUUCAUCGCGCUGCGGGGAUCGUUCCUCCCGACGCGUCAGCUGCUUCCAUUUCCGCGGCUUUUCCAGCCGGGUGAUGUGAUCGCGGCAUGCGGUGCAGCUCGCAGACGGACCUCCUGCAUCCCACACUCCGCUUUGCCCACAGUCUGCAGCCAGUCCUCCUUUCUCUGGUUUUCCCCGGGAGAAGGAGAACUUCCAAACCGUCUCGGUGAGAGGUCUUCGUUGCGCGAUGCUCUCGUUCGCGUUAGUUGUGAUGGACUUGUGGGGGUCUGCGUUUCACUGCCGCGUGUGUAUUGUUUUAGUGUGCAGAGGCAUCGCUGCUUCCGACUACCGGUCGGUUGAGUCUCCAGACCUUUCUUGUUCGAAGCAUGGAAGCUGGGUGGGGGGCAACACAUUGCGUGACAGGUGCAGUUUUCUCUGUCUGCCUCCGAGCUCUCUGUCCACUGGGGCAAGUGAGUGAGAGCCAUUUUGUAGAAUGUGUAAUGUUGUGUCUGUGUCCAAUCACGUCCCACACAUGUACUGCAUUGAACUGUUGACUGGUGGAACCUGUGGAAUGAGAAGUCUCUGUCCUGUCGCUCAGUGCGCCUGGAGGGGGGUUAAAUGGGAUGGAAAGCAAAGGUAGCUCCCUGCCUACGAUGCCCGAGCCAGCCAACCCCAUCAGCAUGAAGCAGCCCCCGGAGUCCCUCGGCGUGCGCCAGGCCGGGGGGGACAUGAGCGGUGACCCCGCGCUGCUCAUGAUGGACAAAGCUGCUGCCCAGCUGGCCGCCACGCUGCAAGACGGCGUCCUUCAGAAGAUGGCUGGCCACAGUCACAACAACCACGGCCACGAGAGGCUCAAGGACCUCACCUCCCGGGUGCUGAACGGGGACCAGGACGCGCUGCCCAAGCUCUGCGCUCCGGAGCCGCCCAUGUUCAAGGGCGCCGAAGCCCCGGCCACUAACGGCACGCAUCAGCACACCUGCAGUCCUCACGCCGACCACGAACACAAAGCCACGAUACCCCAGGUGGUCCAGCAGCCCGCGUUCGAGCCACGCUGCGCCAACGGGACCAGUCUGUCCACGGCCACCGAGGACGCCGUGUCCGCACCAGAGGAGGAGGAGGAGGAGAAGAAGAAGAGGAGGAAGAAGAGGAGGGCGCCGCCACCUCACAAACCAAACGUCGGCUCUCCUGCCGUUCCCGUGCAGCCUCUUGACCCCUCCGAUGCUGUAGAUGGAACCAGAGCGGCUGAUGAGCCGGAUUUCCCCCCACCGUUGAAAGGGGUGGAUCCGCGUGAAGAAUCUGCUGCGGUGGUCGGUUUUUCUGUUGGUGAUCUGGUUUGGACCAAGGUGGCCGGAUACCCCUGGUGGCCCUGCAUGGUGACCACCGACCCCGAAUUUAACAAUCACGUCAAACAGAAACAGAAAGCAGCCAACAGCAGGAUGGGCCCGCUUUACCAUGUGCAGUAUUUUGGAGACGCCCCAGAGAGGGGCUACAUCUUUGAGAAGAACAUGGUGACCUUCACCGGGGAGGAUCAGUACCAGGAGCUUCGCCAGGGCCGACAGCAGCCAGCCUCUCGCGUCGUCCUCAAAAGGACGGCUCCCUCGGUGCCCCGAAAGCUGCAGGCUCAGUGGAACAUGGGCGUGAUUCAGGCCAAGGAGGCGUGCGGCAUGUCGCUGGACGAGCGCAUGGGGAACUUUGCCUUUCUGUAUGACGACGACGGGCCGCACCUGAACCCCUGCAUCCUGGAGAAGCUGAGGCCCAAAGGGAGCAACGAGGCGGCCCAGGGCACCGAGUCCAGGCUCCGCCCAGACCCGCCCCCUCUGCCGGGGGGCGCCGCCGAGGACCCCGCCGCGGCCGCCUCUCAGUCCCAAGAAGGCACUUCGACGGGGAAAAAGACACAAGGACGCAGAACAAAACUCUGCUCGGGAGAAUAUCGGAGAAAGGGCAAAGGCCAUCGAAGUAACCUCCUGUCCAAUAAAACAGCGAAAGACAACGUGUCCUCCAACGAAACGGUCCAUCCACAGGAAGCCUCGCAGGAUCCCACCACUUCUGCUCCUCUGCAAGCUGAAACAGUCGUACCUGAGAAGAAAAAGAGGAGGCCGCGACAGGCCGCGUCUCCCGCAAAGACCGUUGGGAGGAGGAACAACACCUCUGAACCUGUGAAGAAAAGGAAACCAAAAGUGGCGUCUCUGACAGCCGAUGUAACGGAACCCGUCCCACUUCCACUUUCAGUCAAGAGGCAGCGAAAGAAGACGUCUUCAGCGGACAAAGCUGAGCAGCCUAAAAAGAGACGUAAAACAAGCAAAGAAGCUGAAACACAGGACUCUUCAGAGGGAACCGACAAAAAGCAAAGAAGGCAGAAACCCGACGGAGACUCCAAGGAACCCAAGAAGAAGAAGAAGACGACAGCGAAACUCAAAGCUCUCCUCCCCGAGAACCAAGACGCAGAGAAGCCAGAGCGCAGUAGGAAAAGGAAGCAGGACGGGGGGAACGCGAGCGCCCCCUCCACGGCCAAGAGAAGGCGGCUCACGCCGUGUCCUGAACCCGAGGGUUCUGGGAGUGAAGGGCGUCCGGAUUCUCCCAGCGACAGCCUGGACGGGACGAAGAAGGGCGACCGGAAGAAAGAGUUUGUGUGCCAGACGUGCGAGCAGGCCGGGGACGACCUGGUGCCCUGUGAAGGUCAAUGCUGCGGCAUGUUCCACCUGCGGUGUCUGGGCCUGUCACUCAAACCUGACGAGAAGCUGCUGUGUCAGGAGUGCAGCAGCGGAGUUCACUCGUGUUUCACCUGCAAGCAGUCGGAGGGCGCCGUGCGCCGCUGCCACGUGCCGCACUGCGGCCGCUUCUACCACGAGGCGUGCAUCCGCCUCAGCCCGCUCACCGUGUUCGACAACAAGGGCUUCCGCUGCCCGCUCCACGCCUGCCUGAGCUGCCACUACGGCUGCCGCAGCAAGCAGCGGUCCACCAAGGGUCGGCUGACGCGCUGCCUGCGCUGCCCCGUCGCCUACCACGCCGGAGACCCAUGCGUGGCGGCGGGCAGCGAGAUGGUCACCAGCACCGCCAUCAUCUGCACCAACCACUUCAACGCCAAGAAGGGCUACAGCCACCACAGCCACGUCAACGUCAGCUGGUGCUUCGUCUGCUCCAAAGGCGGGCAGCUGCUGUGCUGCGAGUCCUGUCCUGCAGCUUUUCACCCCGACUGCUUGAACAUCGCGAUGCCCGACGGGAGCUGGUUCUGCAACGACUGCCGGGCCGGAAAGAAACCCAAAUACAGAGACAUCAUCUGGGUCAAGCUGGGAAAAUACAGGUGGUGGCCUGCAGAGAUCCACCACCCCAGAAACAUCCCCACCAACAUCCAGCACCUUCGCCACGAGAUCGGAGAGUUCCCCGUCUUCUUCUUCGGCUCCAAGGACUACUUCUGGACCCACCAGGGCCGAGUGUUUCCCUACAUGGAGGGGGACCGGGGCAGCAAGCACCAGAAGACCGGCAUCGGCAAAGUCUUCAAGAACGCUCUGCUGGAGGCCGAAGCUCGAUUCAAGCAGAUCAAACUGAAACGAGAGGCCAAGGAAGCACAAGAGAACAGCCGCAAGCCACCGGCAUACAAGUUCAUCAAGGUGAACAAACCCGUCGGUAAAGUCCACGUCUACACCGCUGACGUCUCCGAGAUCCCAAAGUGCAACUGCAAGCCGGCGGACGAGAGGCCCUGCGGGUUCGAGUCCGAGUGCCUGAACCGCAUGCUGCAGUACGAGUGCCACCCCCAGGUGUGUCCCAGCGGGGCGCGCUGCUGCAACCGCGACUUCACCAAGCGCCUCUACCCGGAGACCAAGAUCAUCAAGACGCCGGGCAAAGGCUGGGGCCUGAUCUCUCUCCGGGACGUCAAGAAGGGCGAGUUUGUGAACGAGUACAUCGGCGAGCUGGUCGACGAGGAGGAGUGCCGGGCGAGGAUCAAGUACGCCCACGAGAACAACAUCAGCGACUUCUACAUGCUCACCAUCGACAAGGACCGGAUCAUCGACGCGGGUCCGAAGGGGAACUACUCUCGCUUCAUGAACCACAGCUGUCAGCCCAACUGCGAGACGCAGAAGUGGACGGUGAACGGGGACACGCGGGUCGGCCUGUUCGCCGUCCGCGACAUCCCGGCAGGGACGGAGUUGACCUUUAAUUACAACCUGGACUGCCUCGGCAACGAGAAGACGGUCUGCCGCUGCGGCGCCCCCAACUGCAGCGGCUUCCUGGGCGACCGGCCCAAGAACUCGAGCAGCCAAACGGCCGAGGCCAAAGCCAAGAGGUCGAAGAGGAAGUACAGGAGGAGGAAGGCCGAGGGGCAGAAGAAGUCCGACGACGACUGUUUCCGCUGCGGCGACGGCGGCCAGCUGGUGCUCUGCGGCAAGAAGACGUGCAGCAAAGCGUAUCACCUGUACUGCCUGAACCUCAACAAGAGGCCCUUCGGCCGCUGGGACUGCCCCUGGCACCACUGUGACGUCUGCGGGAAGAACUCCGAGGCUUUCUGCCAGCUCUGCCCCAACUCCUUCUGCAAGGCUCACCAGGAGGGGGCGCUGCGCUCCUGGCCCCCCACGGGGCAGCUGUGCUGUCUGGAGCACGAGGAGCAGCCGGAGGGGCCCGGCGCCCCGGAUCCAGGCGCCGUCAUCGCCGCGCUGCAGGCCACGCCCCCCGCCCCAGACGCCGGCAGCCGUCCGGCCAAAAGCUCCAGGAAGGCCGGAGGAGUCGAGGGGAAAACAAAACGCUCCAAGAGGAAAGCGGCAGAGGCCUGAAAGUGACCUUUAACCCCCCCCACACACACCCACACACGCACACACACACGCACACAGAGCCAAAGGAGCGAACUAGACUUUGACACACGAACAAGUAAAAGCACCACUCAAGGCCCCGUACCUCCAUCAGGUUUCACUUCCUGCACCAACCGAACGGCCGGUUUUUAUUUCCGUUUCACUUCAUAGUUCUAGCUUGAUAAACUUGAUUCCCCCCCGACACAAACUAUACACCAGUGUAUCACAGACCAAGUCCAUGUUUACUGCAACAGUGUGAAGCAUCAAACCGGUUGUUUUUAUUUCUACGUAUUCUGAGUGGAUAUGAAGCACUAUGAGAGGCCCCCGGGGGCCGUAGCUUAGCUUUAACGGUAGACUUUUGUUUUAGCGCAGUCCCGCUGUUUAGGUUAAAGUGAUGUUUUCUUUGGCGUGAGGAGUUCAUCGAGCAGCGCGUCCAGAGAACGAGCGCUUUAAAAACACUACUGGGGGGGCCGGAGCUCUUGGGUUCUCUCUGGAAGCGAUCAAUGAAGGAAAAAGGGCCCUUUUUUUAUUAAGUUGAAUCCGGGUCCUUGCCUCUUUUUUCUUUUCUUUUUUUUCUUUUUCUUUUUAAGAUCCGAGGGACAAAGAUUUAUGGACACGACAUCCUCCAGAUUCACGCCGUGACUGUUUUCUAUUCACGUAAAAUCACUGAGGCUCUCAGUGCGAAGACGACCGCCUCUCAUCUGCUGUCCCCCUGCAUCCUUUUGUUUGUUUAGGACCCAAACAAGAUGUUUGGCCCAGAUGUUUGCCACACUGGCAAACAUCUGGAACGAGGGGGGUGGACGUUACUCCCACGUGACCCCCUCACCCCGCGGUGACCUGUGACCUCCGGCUGCACUUGUGAAACUCAAAAGUGCUGGGGCUGCUCCUGUGUCCACCUGGAGUAACCGACCGAAUAGCGCCGUCCGGUUUGUCCUCUGACGGCCACCGUAGUCGUGCCUCUCAGGCGGUUCGGCUGAAUUUCAUUUCUAAAAUUCACAAAAACAGGUGUUGAUUUUUGCGACCUGAAUCACCCCACAGAGGCCGCGUUUUCGUUUGCUAGACUUCCUCCCCCAGAAAAGUCGAGUCUACGGUGCACAUUUCCGUUUUUAGUGCGGCCGUCACAGUUCGCAGGGCGCGCGAGUGUUUUUCGGCUUUGUGUAUUCUAACCUCGAGUGAAUGUAGUCCAGCCAGUUGUCGUUGUGCGCACUGUAAAGCCCCGUAGAGCUUAACGUGUGAGUAGAGGUUUGAUUCUGUAACUACUGUCAUAGUAAAACCAGACUAAUAUGUACAUACUGUAUAAGUGCCAAUAGUGAUGCAUCUAUUGUAAAUAACAUGCAGUGUUUUUUUGACGCAGUUCUGAAACACUUUUCUGCAGGAUCUUACCUCUGAAUCAUGCAAUAAAAAGUGAACAAACACGUCGAAUGUUUUCUGCA